AUGAUCCAAAAUGGGCUGGCUAUAUUCAACAGCGCGUAUAUCAAUGAGAAGGUCACAUUCCACCUACAGAACGCUGUCUUGGACGAGCCGUAUGAAGAUGCUCUGAUUGGCAUACUCUCACACAUGAGCGCCAUGCGCGAUCCCAGCGCAAGCAGUGACAUGGUCCCGGACGAAGUCUGGAGGGACCUGCCACUAGAUCCAGAGAUCGUCGCGCUUCAAUAG